AUGGCGUUGAACGACGAGACGCUCGGGCAGGCAAAACAGCGCCACAAACUCGAACUACGCACACUGCAAAAUGACAUCAAGAUCUUCCAGAAGAAGGCAAAGAAGAACCGACUGAGUAAGAGCGAGAUGGAGGUGCAGGUGAAGGCGAUGGAGAGUGCGGUAAACGAACGUCACGAGCAGGAGCUCCAGGCGUUCGAGAUGAAGAAAGGCGAUGCCGAGAUUCCGCCCGCCCUGCACUUGGACGAAGCUAUGAAGGCUGCAGAGGCACUGUCCAAACACGCCACAGCUCAAGCGAAAGCUCAGCGUAAACGGGAAGCGAAGAAACAGCAAGAACAGGCACGUCGUGAACGCAUUGACGAAGCAAACAAGAACACGGUGAGUGCACGGCAGGUUGAGGCGGACCUGAUCACGGCGCAGUUGGCCAGACAUGGCCUCAAGAUCAAAGACAUUCCGUCCGAUGGCCACUGUAUGUAUCACGCUGUAGCAGACCAGAUGAAGCAAAAGGAGCUGGCGGUUACGGAGGAGAUGGCACGCUUUGACUACCUGCGGAAACUCACGAGCGAGUAUAUGCUUGCACACCGGGAUGACUUUGUGCCUUUUAUGGCGCUUGACGAGGGUGCCGACGACGCCUUCACGACGUACUGUGACCGAGUGGCGAGCACGGCGGACUGGGGUGGUCAAUUGGAGCUUCGUGCGUUGGCAUGUGCUUUGCGGACGCCUAUUGAGGUUUUCUCGGCCGAGGCUGACGUGCUAGUGAUGGGUGCAGAGUUCGGCAAUGAAGACCACGAAAGCACACCGAAGCUGCAGUUGACGUACCACCUACACUACUAUGCCCUCGGCGAGCAUUUCAACUCCGUCACUUCUAUCUAG